CAUUGAACCGUUUCCCUCAUGGCGUCAGAUGUGAAACCCACUGGCGUCCGUUUGGAAGAAUUGGCUGUGGAGAUGACAUUGCCGGCAGAUCAUGCAGCGACGGUGGCACCUGCGGCGCGUGUCGUCUCGACUUCCACAGCUGUCUCGUCCCCGGCCGUGGCGCCGUAUGAGGGCUUGGCUGAUCCAAGCAUCGUCAAGAAGAAGCGCGCCAAGAAGAAGGCCAAAGCCAAAGCCAAGAGUGAUGCAUUGACUGCGACUGCGAUGACAAGGCCAUCAGACUUCACCAGUGUGAAGACCUGGGACAUGAUGCCAGUGGAACAGAACAAGGUCGUGUCCAACAGCGCGAGCAACGACUGGACCUUGGAGUCGGAGCAGCGGAUUUUUGAAUCCGCGAGAACCGCUGCAGCGGAGGUCCUGGACGGCGCGGCGGCGAAGUGGUUUGAGACCCACCACCCUUGGACGUACGACAGCUUCACCGUGCUGCAUAUGGCCUGCGGCGAUGGGAACGUUCCGGUAGUGCAGUGCCUGUGUGGCAGCAAGGCCAACGUGCAUGCGGCCGAGGGGCACUGUGGGGAAACAUCCCUGCAUUGGGCAGCGGCCAAGGGUCAUGUCAAUGUCGUGAGCAUCUUGCUGGAAGCGAGAGUUGAUGCGCACGCGCUUGACAAGAGUGGCCGCACAUGUUUGCACAAGGCUGCUGAAUUUGGCCAGGUCGCUGUGGUGGCAUUGCUCUUUGAAGAUGCCAACGAAGAGCCGAAUGCGUGUGACCAUACUGGAAGGACUUCCUUACACUUUGCAGCAAAAUGUGGUCAUGCUGAUGUGGUAGCAAUGCUCCUGAGAGCCAAAGCUGACGCUGCCGCAGGUGAUCAGAAUCAUGAAACACCUUUGCACUGUGCAGCGGCCCAGGGCCAUGCAGAUGUGGUGAAGGCUCUGCUGGAUGCCAAGGCAGAUGCAAAAGCCUGUAACAGCAAGAGUAUCGACGCCGUGAAGCUCGCCAUCGAACACCAUCGAGCAGGGGUGAUCCAAGUCCUGUGCCGCGCAGGGUUCUGGGACUUGUCUUUGCUGGCCUCUUUGAUCCGCGCGGAGGGACCUGAUGCCAAGGAAGCCUUAGACGCCUGGAUGCAUCCGGCCAAGACCCGCGCGCGCGCCAAGAUGGAACUCCAUGGCCUGGAUCGAGCUCACUUGCGCGAGCGGCUGCGGGUCGUGUUGGCGCCGGAAGAUGCCAACCGGCCGGGGCAGGGGAUUCUACGGGUGUGCGAGAGUUAUGCCAACUUACAAAGCCAGAACCUCUUCACCGCGCCAAAAGUUCAGGUCAGUCUAUCAGUUGUUCCUGGUCUCGUUGCGAGUGACGCAUGUCGAGAAGAGCUGCUGGCCGCACUCGAAGAGACCGCCAAUGAGAAUGUCUUCCAGACGGACGUGGUUGAAGCCGUUGUGUCCGCCGCGUGGAUGCAGCUCCGCUUCUCAACCGCCUUCGAGAUCUUCGUCAGCCUCGUGACCAUUGUGUUGCUGUGCCACAGUUCCUACGCCUUUCGUCACGGACAUCCGGAGGCAGUGGCCUCCUUGGUGCUUAUUGGAGUGCUUCACAUGCAGAAGUCCAUUGAGGAAUUCUGUCAGUAUGUAACCAUGUGUUGGAAGCUUCGUCUUCGCCUGCUGAACUUUGACAACGGCGCGGACAUGUCGUACAUCAUCAUCGGCUGGGGGGCGAUUCUGCGACAAGCCUUGGACCAGAACCGCUUGGAGAAACCCUUUAUGGCGAUCUUCAGUGCCAUGGCAUGGCUUCGGGCCUUGUACACUUUGCGUGGUGAAAGCUGGAUGGGACCUCGCUUGCUGCCCAUCUUGUCAGCCUUAAAGGACACCUUAGCCUUCUUUAUCGUCACAGGGACGUGUAUUCUGGCAGCCACCCAUGCCUAUUACAACCUCCAGCUCCGUGAGGAACCGAUUCCCACCUAUGGAGCCUUUUUGCAGGUGAUGCGCCUGGGGAUUUUUGGCGAUUUCGAUCUCUUUGAGUUCGAAGGAGUUGAUCCCACCUACAAACUGGGCGAGGGCGAGGAAUGGGAGCCGCAAGAUCCGGAGCCUGGCGCGACCUUCGUUUGGGCCCAUGCUCUCUUCUACUUUACAGGAAUUGGCAUCGCCAUUCUCUUGAUGAACCUCUUGAUCGGCGUGCUGGGGCAGAACUUUGAACUCUAUCAGGACCAGAGCGCCAUGCUUUUCCAGAGAGCCAGGGCCAAGAUGCUGCUGGAACUUCAGGCACGCCCUUGGAGGCACUGUGGAAGUUGGUUCAUCAAGCAUCUUCGAGAGCUUACCAGCCAGAUGCGUAAGUCUCAAUUUGGAUGUGUGCUAUAUUGGUUGUGUGUUGGAGCCCUAGUGAUGUUGCUUUUGCCUUGUUGGCUAGCCCUGGGCUCCUGUGUUGCAGCGGUGGCAGUCCUUUGUCGCAUUAUCUUCCAAAUGCAACUGAGCGGCAUGUUCUAUUCUGUGGCUGUUCCGCUGGGCUACUGCGGAUCUGGAUACGAUGACAAUUCCAAUCACAAGAUUGAUGAAUAUUCGAGCCCAGAGAAGAGCAAGAUCUGGGUGGUGCUCCGCUGGGAGGCUCCCAUGGAGGAACUGAGAAGUUUGCGCUCGGAGGUGAAGAUCCAUGUGAAGAGCAUGCAGGGCGAGUUGGAGAAGAAGUUGCAAGGAGUGGACGAGAAACUUAAAGGAGUGGAGAACACGCUCCAAGAUCUGUCGUCGGCGCAGAAGGAGAUGGAGAAAUCACUGGAGCAGUUGACGAACGAGCAGAACUGCCCCAAUUUUGACAUGGAGUCAAAGAUGGAGACGUUGACCAGCCUGGUGCGGCAGUUGAUUUUGCAGGGCCAAUCUGUUCCAGAGACGGAAUCUCAUCCAGAAGGUUGAAGAGUGGUGCUGGAGAAGUUGCGAUGAACUGGACUCAACUUUGAGUCAGCAGCCAAAAGACGAGCAAUUGAUGCCUCUUCCACAAGCUCGUUGACCAUAAAAAUUGGAGGAGAUGGGACUUUGGAAGAAGGUCGAGGUGCCGCAGAUUUGCAGGUCGAGGAAUUGACCGGAUUGCUGAAAAACGUUCCAUUGAGCUUGCAUCACGGAACUCGUUGGAGAGAACUGCUGCUGCUCACGUUCCAUCCGAAUCGUGGGCAGCUGGAUUGAUGGUAGAAUUGUUUGACUGGACUGACUGGAUCUCCCGAAAAGGGCGGCCAUGUGUGUCUUGAAAUCCCGUUGCAAAGCAAUGUGGGAUGAGGGGCUCGAGCUUGCACCAUAUCCCCUGCGUCUGUGAUUUGCCAUGUCCAAGUGUGACCUGCGUAAUUCGCUGUGUUCGCAAUACUUGAUGUGCAUGUCACGACAUUGUCCCGUCAAGCAGUGCGUCCGUUUUCACGACCAGAUGCUGAGACCUCGCCAAGUCCAAA